CACAUUACUAUCUCGCAGGGUAAUAUGACCUACCUAUCCUCUCAUUCGCCAUCUACGUCGCUUGUAGCUCUUCUUCACGACUCGUAAAGCGUCCGUCCCUGGUCCGAAUCUGCAUCGUUCGACCAAAGCACAAAUCGUCACAGUCCAAUGAGGCGGCCUUCGGGUCAUCUCAUGCCGAUGCUCGUCAACACCACCAGCACCCCACACGUGUGAUUUGUACACCGUUACCCGCAUCUCCAGUAGCCGCCUUAAACCCAUCUCUACAAAUUAAAUUCUCCAGAUCUCGUCCUUUUUCUGUUGCUGCAAGUUAUUCCUUCUGUCGACUUGCCCAUUAACCAUCAUGCAAGGCUCCGUAAGACAAUUCCCCACGAUCAAAGCCGUGCGGUCCUACGUCAUUGGCGGCGUAGGCUCUGGCGGUGAUUAUCACAACGUUAAAGGAGGCCACUGGCUUAUCGACAGCGACAUCUCUACGCCAUGCUCACAAUGGUCUCAGUACCGCAAAUCGCGUACUAGCUGGGGCAUCAACGUCCUUGGGUCCUUUCUGGUUGAGAUAGAGGCUUCUGACGGGACUGUUGGCUUUGCAACUGGUUUCGGAGGCCCUCCUGCUUGCUGGCUGGUUCACCAGCAUUUUGAGCGAUUCUUGGUCGGGGCUGACCCGCGAAACACAAACCUGCUCUUUGAGCAGAUGUAUCGUGCUUCUAUGUUCUAUGGCCGCAAGGGGCUUCCCAUUGCCGUUAUCUCAGUCAUCGACCUUGCACUCUGGGAUUUGCUAGGCAAGGUCAGGAACGAGCCUGUCUAUCGACUUAUUGGCGGCGCUACCAAGGAACGCCUCAACUUUUACUGCACUGGUCCCGAGCCAACAGCAGCCAGAGAGAUGGGCUUCUGGGGUGCCAAAGUGCCGCUUCCUUUCUGCCCAGAGGAAGGCCACGAAGGACUGCGCAAAAAUGUCGAGUUUUUGCGUAAGCACCGUGAAUCUGUUGGCCCAGAUUUCCCCAUCAUGGUGGAUUGUUACAUGAGCCUCAACGUCUCCUAUACCAUUGAGUUGGUCAAGGCGUGUUCCGAAUUCAACAUCAACUGGUGGGAAGAGUGCUUGUCACCCGAUGACACUGAUGGCUUCGAGCAAAUCAAGCGUGCGCACCCAACGGUAAAGUUCACGACUGGCGAACAUGAGUACUCUCGCUAUGGAUUCCGAAAACUCAUCGAAGGUCGCAAUCUUGACAUCAUUCAGCCCGAUGUCAUGUGGCUAGGCGGCAUGACGGAGCUGCUCAAGGUCUCAGCCAUGGCCGCGGCAUACGAUAUCCCUGUGGUUCCGCAUGCCAGUGGUCCGUACAGCUACCACUUUGUCAUUUCGCAACCAAACACGCCGUUUCAAGAGUAUCUCGCCAACUCUCCUGAUGGCAAGAGCGUUUUACCCGUCUUCGGCGACCUGUUCAUCGACGAGCCCAUUCCAACCAAAGGCUAUCUUCUAACGAGCGACCUGGAUAAGCCUGGAUUCGGGUUGACCAUCAACAACGCCGCACGCUCCAAGCUCAUUCCAUCGAACUAUCUCCUUAGCCCUCCGCCUGUACAGCAGCCCGCACCCCCAGUGAAUGGCGAAGCCAAACUGCAGAAUGGCAAUGGCAAUGUGGAACACGCGACAGCGGCAUGAAUGAAGAUGUAGGUUAGAAAAAAGAAGUUUAGAGGGUGGUGAUUAGGAACGCCUAUGUACAUAAUGAAUGCGCCAUCAGGCGAUUCAAGCGAGCGCACAAAGCUAAAAAUAUUGUUAAUAGUUUUUACAACAUGAGAUAGCCUAUUAAAUAACAAAAGAAAGUUGUAUCAG